GGGAAUUCAGCCUCGGGUUGGGGGCUGUCACCGAGGGGAACUUCCCCUCUUUGAAACGGACUGGGGACCCUUCUACCCCACCCCUUUCACUGUGCUUCUUAAAGGGAUCACACUGUUUUUCCUUUGACUCCAUGGAAGCCAGACUUGGGACGCUCUGUGGAGACUUUGAAUCUUUCCCUCCCGCGUCCUCCCCAGCUGGCAGCCCUCCUCUGGCUGGUUGAGUGGGGGCCUCCCAGGCAUGGCACUGACCAGCCGACCCAGUGCUGACUUGGCUCCUGGGCUGCUUCGGCCUCUGCGGGCAUCUUGCUCUCCCCCUCCUGGCGCUCUGUGGCGGUGGUGAGUCGGGGGGCCCAGCCCUGAGCCCGGAGUGUGCUGGGAGAGUGUCGCCGGCACCCCCCUUUGCCCUCUCCCCCCAAGCUGGAGGACAGUGAGGUUCUCAGGGACUAUGAUGAGAUGAGUGGGGGCCGCUUUGACUUUGACGAUGGCGGGGCGUACUGCGGGGGCUGGGAGGGGGGAAAGGCCCACGGACACGGCCUGUGCACGGGCCCCAAGGGCCAGGGCGAAUACGCGGGCUCCUGGAACUUUGGCUUUGAAGUGGCGGGCGUCUACACCUGGCCCAGCGGAAACACCUUCGAGGGAUACUGGAGCCAUGGCAAACGGCAUGGGCUGGGCAUAGAGACCAAGGGACGCUGGCUCUACAAGGGCGAGUGGACCCACGGCUUCAAGGGGCGGUACGGAACCCGGCAGAGCAGCAGCAGUGGUGCCAAGUAUGAGGGCACUUGGAACAACGGUCUGCAGGAUGGCUACGGCACGGAGACCUAUGCGGAUGGAGGGACUUACCAAGGCCAGUUCACCAAUGGCAUGCGCCACGGCUACGGCGUGCGCCAGAGUGUGCCCUACGGGAUGGCCGUGGUGGUGCGCUCGCCGCUGCGCACGUCGCUCUCGUCCCUGCGGAGCGAGCACAGCAACGGCACAGUGGCCCCGGACUCGCCCGCCUCGCCGGCCUCGGACGGCCCGACGCUGCCCUCGCCGGCCAUCCCGCGCGGCGGCUUCGCGCUCAGCCUGCUGGCCAACGCCGACGCGGCCACGCGGGCGCCCAAGGGCGGCGGCCUGUUCCAGCGGGGCGCGCUGCUGGGCAAGCUGCGGCGCGCAGAGUCGCGCACGUCCCUGGGCAGCCAGCGCAGCCGCGUCAGCUUCCUCAAGAGCGACCUCAGCUCGGGCGCCAGCGACGCCGCCUCCACCGCCAGCCUGGGCGAGGGCGCCGACGAGGCCGCGCCCUUCGAGGCCGACAUCGACGCCACCACCACCGAAACCUACAUGGGCGAGUGGAAGAACGACAAGCGCUCGGGCUUCGGCGUGAGCGAGCGCUCCAGCGGCCUCCGCUACGAGGGCGAGUGGCUGGACAACCUGCGCCACGGCUACGGCUGCACCACGCUGCCCGACGGCCGCCGCGAGGAGGGCAAGUACCGCCACAACGUGCUGGUCAAGGGCACCAAGCGCCGCGUGCUGCCGCUCAAGAGCAGCAAGGUCCGCCAGAAGGCGGAGCACAGCGUGGAGGGCGCCCAGCGCGCCGCCGCCAUAGCGCGCCAGAAGGCCGAGAUCGCCCUCUCCAGGACAAGCCACGCCAGGGCCAAAGCAGAGGCAGCGGAACAGGCUGCUGUGGCUGCCAACCAAGAGUCCAACAUUGCUCGCACUUUGGCCAGGGAGCUGGCUCCGGACUUCUACCAGCCAGGUCCGGAGUAUCAGAAGCGCCGGCUGCUGCAGGAGAUCCUGGAGAACUCGGAGAGCCUGCUGGAGCCCCCCGACCGGAGCCCGGGCUCCGCGGGCCUCCCGGCGCGGCCCCGCGAGAGCCCGCAGCUGCAUGAGCGCGAGCCCCCGCGGCCGGAGGGUGGCCCCCCGUCGCCGGCCGGGACGCCCCCGCAGCCCAAGCGGCCCCGCCCGGGAGCCUCGUCCAAGGACGGCCUGCUGAGCCCGGGCGCCUGGAACGGCGAGCCCGGCACCGAGGGCAGCCGGCCGGCCACGCCGUCCGAGGGCGCGGGCCGCCGCAGCCCGGCGCGCCCCGCCACCGAGCACAUGGCCAUCGAGGCGCUGCAGGCGCCGCCCGCGCCGUCGCGGGAGCCCGAGGUGGCGCUGUACCGCGGCUACCACAGCUACGCCGUGCGCACCGCGCCGCCCGCGCCGCCGCCCUUCGACGACGAGCCCGAGCCCGAGGUCUCCGGCUCCGACUCGGCUCCCUCGUCCCCGGCCACCGCCCCCGCGCCCCGAGGCCCCGAGGCCGCGCCCCAGUCGCCCGCCAAGCUGGAGCCCAAGCCCAUCGUCCCCAAAGCAGAGCCCAAGGCCAAGGCCCGCAAGACUGAGGCCCGCGGGCUGACCAAGGGCGGGGCCAAGAAGAAGGCUCGGAAGGGGGCAGCGGCUGAGGCCGAGGCCGAGGUGGAGAUAGAGGAGGUCCCCAACACCGUCCUCAUCUGCAUGGUGAUCCUGCUGAACAUCGGCCUGGCCAUCCUCUUCGUUCACCUCCUGACCUGACGUUCGUCCACCAGACCCGGGAAUUCCUGCUAAGGACACAAAGACUCAUCUUUUUGCAGUGCCAUGCAGGGUGGCCAAGGAGGACUGGACUCUGGACCUGGAGCCCCCAGGUCCAGCUCACUUCCACACCGCAAACGUUUAAGGAGGCCUCCCGUGGCACCCAGAGGACUCGAAUGUGCUGGGAACCCCCCAGGAGCUCUCCGCCCAGAGGCAGGGAAAGGCCAGAGAGAAGAGCCCUGGUCUCUCCAGCCCCCUGAUGUGCUCCUGUCCCUCAUCCUCACCCUCCCCCUCGCCUCGCCCCGAGGUCACCCCUUCCCUGGGCUUUUGUGUGUUUUGGGAGAAGUCACCAAAGCAGGAUAUUAAUCUUAAAUCCCAGCCCCCUUCCUUCUACCCUUCCCUCGCUUUAUUUUAGCCUCUGGUUCCUGGGCUGAGGCUCCCAAGCAAGCAGAGGGAGUGACGAGAUCCACGUGGUGGCCAGCGGGGGAUGCGCUCUCAGCGCAGACGCCCUUCCUUUUGCAGGCUUGACCCAGCACUCUGUCCCUUGCUUCUGGAUGUUCUGGAUGACAAUAGAAGAAAUGGACAUGCUCGGUCUGAAUAUCCCUGGAUAUAGUGCUCCCGUCUCCUCCCACCGGUCCGGUUAGCUUCCCUCCUGGACCAAUAGAAGAGGGGGAGAUGUGAGGAAUUGGAGCCUUUGGCCGGAAAGCCACUGACCGGGUGGCCAGGGGG